GUAUUUAAGGGCAAGUGGCCCGUGAGGCCGGAGAUACCGGAGAGGCGCCAUGUUUGAUAUGAUCAAGGGAUGGCGCCCUUAAAAGCAGCCAGUGACAACUGAAGCCAGGAUGUCGCCAUAUUUUCUGAAGGCACCUUCCGGGUCUCUUAACCCCGGGUGUCUAUGUCCAAGCUGCCAUAAAGCGAAUAAACACCGAAGGGGUUUAUUUGGCCCCAUCAGAAUCCCCGCAUCCCUAACAGCCAGUCUCUGCUACUUCGGUUCCCACGGCCGCGUUCGGACGCCAAGCCUGGGCGGGGCCCCGGGCUCGGGAGCCCUUCCUGUGGACGACUAAAGCCGAGGCCAGGAGCGGGGAGGCGGUGGCCCCGGGGACAAGGCGGCCGCUGCUCGGGGCUGGCAGGCCCCAUGGCGCCGCCCCCAGCCCCGCUUCUGGCCCUGAGACCGGGGGAGACCCUGCCUGGUUGCAACAAGCCGGUGGCCGUGAGGUUCGCGGACGUGGCCGUGUACUUCUCCCCGGAGGAGUGGGGGUGUCUGCGGCCCGCGCAGAGGGCCCUGUACCGGGACGUGAUGCGGGAGACCUACGGCCACCUGGGCGCGCUCGGAUUCCCAGGCCCCAAGCCAGCCCUCAUCUCUUGGAUGGAACAGGAGAGUGAGGCUUGGAGCCCCGCCGCCCAGGAUCCUGAGGAGGGGGAAAGCCUGGGAGGAGCUCUGAGAGGAGAGGCCCGAAACAAGAAGGACGAGGAACGCGAGGAAGGGCGAGGAGCAAAGGGACCCAGAAAGACUUCUGGGAAGGAGCGGCCUAAAGAACCGAUUAAACACAACCUUGACUCAACCAUCAGCAAAGCCUCGGCAAGAGCGCAACCACCCACGAAAGCUGCCUGGGACCAGAGCGCAGGUGCGCAGCCCCCUAUCCCCAUGCCCAGCAUGGACGCUCCCGGCAGCCAGCGGCGCCACGUGUGUGCAGACUGCGGCCGCCGCUUCACCUACCCCUCCCUGCUGGUCAGCCACCGGCGCAUGCACUCGGGUGAGCGGCCCUUCCCCUGCCCCGAGUGUGGCAUGCGUUUCAAGAGGAAAUUCGCCGUGGAAGCGCACCAGUGGAUCCACCGCUCCUGUUCUGGGGGGCGGCGUGGCCGGAGGCCUGGGAUCCGGGCUGUGCCUCGGGCCCCGGUCCGGGGUGACCGAGACCCGCCGGUGUUGUUCCGGCACUACCCGGACAUCUUUGAGGAGUGCGGGUGUUGGGUUAGAGCAGGAGAGAAAAAGCUGAGGGUCGUGAGCUUCGCGGACGUGGCCGUGUACUUCUCCCCAGAGGAGUGGGGGUGUCUGCGGCUCGUGCAGAGGGCCCUGUACCAGGACGUGAUGCGGGAGACCUACGGCCACCUGGGCGCGCUCGGAGGCUGCGCCGCCCGGCCGGCGGAUGCGAGGACCUGCGCGGGGCAGUGCGGCCGCUCCGCCGCGGCUGCGGGGCCGCCAGCCUCUCCCGCAGUUGGGGCCGGCGCGGCCAUUUUGGCUGAGGGCUCGAAGACAAAGCCUCAGGGAGACGCCGGCGGCGUCAUCUGGGCACGGUUGCGUAGGAGCAAAGUUCCUGAGGCCGCGUGGCCGCCAUUUCUGAGGAAGGCGUCUUCAGUUCUGAUUCCGUGUGCCUCAGCCACCACCUCUCCGUUUGUAGCGUCCCUCGGGGGCCCCGAGGGGCCGGUGCCCGCUCUCCCGGCGUUCUCGAGCGCGGGAGGCUCCGCUAGGGGCCGCGCUGGCCUGUCGCCGGGGCUGGCAUGGCCCAUGGCGCCUCCUCUGGUCCCGCUCCCCGCACGGGAACCACCCGGGCCCGAGCGCGAGGGGAGGGAGGCCGGGCCCGUGAGCUUCGCGGACGUGGCCGUGUACUUCUCCCCGGAGGAGUGGGGGUGUCUGCGGCCCGCGCAGAGGGCCCUGUACCGGGACGUGAUGCGGGAGACCUACGGCCACCUGGGCGCGCUCGGAUUCAGAGGCACCAAGCCAGCCCUCAUCUCCUGGGUGGAGGAAGAGGCUGAACUGUGGUCUCAGGAUGCCCAGGAUCCGGUGGGAGAGUGUCUGGCAAAAGCAGACACAGAUUCCAGAAACAGGGGAGAGAAAGGACAAAGAGAAGAGACUGAGGCACUGGAGGAGAUCCUUUCUGUGGAUGCUCGGCCUCCUGGGCUGAAGGCUGUCAAAACAACUUCUGCUGGGCUCCCCAGUGGUAUAGAGCAGCCAUCCCGGGCACCUCGCCGAGGUCGCCCCCCACUCUGUGCCCACCCCCCUGUCCCAAGGGCAGACCAGCGUCAUGGCUGCUACAUGUGCGAGAAGAGUUUUGCCUGGCGCUCCACCCUAGUGGAGCAUCUGUAUACCCACACGGGUGAGAAGCCCUUCUGCUGCCCUGACUGUGGCAAGGGCUUUAGCCAGGCCUCUUCUCUGAGCAAGCACCGGGCGAUCCACCGUGGGGAGCGGCCCCACCUCUGUCCGGACUGCGGCCGGGCUUUCACCCAGCGCUCUGCCCUCAUCACCCACCUACGGGUCCACACGGGCGAGAAGCCCUACCGCUGUGCCGACUGUGGCCGCUGCUUCAGCCAGAGCUCUGCCCUCUACCAGCACCAGCGAGUCCACAGUGGCGAGACCCCUUUCCCCUGCCUGGAUUGUGGCCGCGCCUUUGCCCAUGCCUCAGACCUUCGGCGCCAUCUCCGCACCCAUACGGGUGAGAAGCCCUACCCGUGCCCAGACUGUGGACGCUGCUUCCGACAGAGCUCCGAAAUGGCAGCCCAUCGGCGUACCCACAGUGGCGAACGCCCCUACCCCUGUCCUCAGUGUGGCAGGUGCUUUGGCCAGAAGUCAGCCAUGGCCAAGCACCAGUGGGUCCACAGGCCUGGUGCUGGGGGGCGCAGGGGCCGGGGGGCCAGUGGGUUGCCUGUGCCCCUAGCCCCUGGCCCAGGGGACCUAGACCCACCUGUGGGCUUCCAGCACUAUCCAGAGAUAUUCCAGGAGUGUGGGUGAUGGCCUCAAAGGUGACAAGGCAAAGGGUGAAGAUUUAGACAUUGCCUGAGGCCCAAACUGGGCUCAGGGGUCUGAACCUCUGUGGUGGCUCCAGGGAGGUCACAGAAUUUCUGGCAAGAGCUGGACCUGGGGGAUGAGAACCAUCUCAUCUUAGGCCCUCACCAGCUUGAUCUGCUGACACCUUGCUCCCUACUGUCCCAGACUCUAGAAGCCCCCUUUACUGAGUUAGGGCUGAGGUAGGAACCCCUAGACCUCCACUGUGGGGACGUUUCUCAGAAAAGGCUGUUUCUCAGGCUCGAUGUGUUAAGAGGAUUGAGGUAGAGGAGAACUUUGUUUUACCCAUUGUCUGUACUGUAAAAGUUGAAAACUGGUGGCCAGGUACUGAAUCUGGCCUGCAGCAGACCUUUUAAUUUUUUCGACCCAGCUAGCAUUUUAAAAUGUUACGAAUUAUUGGUUAAAAUUUAAAAGUUGGGAUAUUUCACACAAAAAUCCCGGUUUCUGGCCUCUCUUGAAAAAUCCAAAGAUUUGGCAACUCAACCUGCGCUACCAUGAAACCACAGUUGGUGGGAGCUGAGGGGCAGCUGACCCCUUUGGACGGAGCAGGAGCCCCUGCUUCCCAGCUCAGCAGGCCCGCCGCUCCUUAUCAGCUUCUGAUCCACGUCAGCUGGCACUCAUCACAGCUUGUCCGUGUCUCUGCAAAGCAGGCCCUCUCCAUCUGGACUUUUCCAUUCAUUUACAUGACCUGUUGGGCUCCUGUAGUCAUUUGAGUUUGCAGACUGGUCUACAGCAUUCAAGUCUUCCUGAAUCGGCUUCAGGUAGAGAGCAUAUAUGUGGAAGGAUGGCAGGAGAGAAGUAAAAGCAGGUUUUAUUUUA